GCUGCAAUCACAUGGGUUCAGGAUGCUCCAACAAAUAUUUUUUUUAACACGGGGAAAUAGGUUGGAGUGCCACCAUUUUUUUAGUUGGAUAAGAGAAUCGAUCUGCAAACUCGAUCGAGAUGAGACCGCGGGUCUUGCGAGCAAGAAAAGUGCAACUAGUUGUGUUUCUGAUCAAAUCCCGGGUGAUGCGUUCAUGAUAAGAGUCAGCGCGUCAUUUUCUCUGGUGAAAACCGUAUCAACUUUUCCCCCCCACUUAUUGAAUUAGUGUUUUUCCUACUCGUGAUGGCGAGUUAACUGUCAGGUGACCAGUUUUUGUUCGCCGCCUUGUGUCAGACACAAAGCACGUGUUCACUCAACGGUGCACGCGCACGCGCCUGGAGAUUGCGCGCAACGAGGCAAUCGGGCACGAGACCGUCGGUCGGGUUAACGGGGCUAAAACCGGAGGAGUCUGAGAGAGCGGGGCAGCAUGGAGUUCGAGGAGUCCGGUAUAGGGGAGGAGUGCGGGGUUUUCGGCUGCGUGGCCGCCGGAGAGUGGCCCACGCAGCUGGAAGUGGCUCAGGUCCUCACUCUGGGACUGGUGGCGUUACAGCACAGAGGUCAGGAAAGUGCGGGUGUUGUCACAAGCAAUGGAGCCAGUCCUCCUAUAUACACAAGCCACAAGGGCAUGGGAUUAGUGAGCAGCGCGUUCCCACCAGAGGCUCUGCUCAAACUGCGCUAUGGUAACCUUGGCAUCUGCCACACUCGCUAUUCAACGACGGGGAUGUCGGAGCUGCAGAACUGCCAGCCCUUUGUGGUGGAUACGCUGCACGGCAGGAUCGCCGUGGCGCACAACGGAGAGCUGGUUAAUUCCCGUGCCCUGCGCAAAAAGGUAAUGCGCCACGGAGUGGGCCUCUCCACCUGCUCUGACAGCGAGCUCAUCACCCACCUGCUGGCGCUGACGCCACCCAUGGAGGAGCUGGACUCGCCUGAUUGGGUUGCUAGAAUUAAAAACCUCAUGUCGGAGACGCCCACGUCGUACUCGCUGCUGAUCAUGUUCAAAGACGUCAUCUAUGCAGUGCGGGACCCUUAUGGAAACCGGCCCCUCUGCCUCGGACGGCUCGUUCCCAUCUCUAGGCUCCACAGUUCAGGAGCAGGAGAGGAAGACACUGAAGGGUGGGUGGUGUCAUCAGAGUCCUGCAGCUUCCAGUCCAUCGGAGCAAAGUAUUACAGAGAGGUGUUACCAGGAGAAGUUGUUCAGAUAUCCAGGCAUGGGGUCAAGUCUCUGAGCUUCGUUCCUCGCCCCGAAGGAGACCUGCCCGCCUUCUGCAUCUUUGAGUACGUUUAUUUUGCCAGACCAGACUCCAUUUUUGAAGGGCAGAUGGUGUACACUGUGAGGCAGCGCUGUGGUCGCCAGCUAGCCAUAGAGGCGCCGACAGACGUAGACCUGGUCAGUACUGUGCCAGAGUCUGCGACGCCCGCCGCUCUGGGCUACGCUCAGCAGUCUGGCCUCCCGUAUACGGAGGUUCUGUGCAAGAACCGCUACGUCGGCAGAACCUUCAUUCAACCAAACACCCGUCUGAGGCAGCUUGGAGUGGCCAAGAAGUUCGGUGUCCUGACGGACAACUUUGCAGGGAAGCGCGUGGUGCUCAUCGACGACUCCAUCGUCAGGGGCAACACCAUCUCCCCCAUCAUUAAGCUGCUGCGAGAAGCUGGUGCCACUGAGGUCCAUAUCAGGGUGGCGUCUCCACCCAUCAAGUUCCCCUGCUACAUGGGGAUCAACAUCCCAACCAAAGAGGAGCUCAUUGCCAACAAGCCAGAGUUCAAGGACAUUGCCGGCCAUAUUGGUGCCGACAGCGUCAAGUAUCUAACCGUGGAGGGGCUCUUAUCCGCCGUCCAGGAGGGAGUCACCUCCUUCCAAGAGGAGAACAACUCCAAGAGAGUAGGCCACUGCACUGCCUGUCUGACUGGCAAGUAUCCAGUGGAGCUGGAGUGGUAACGGGGACGCCAGCAGCAUCAUGGUGGCGGCUGUCCUGAAACUGUUUCUCAACUACAGCACAUGUAUUCCUGUCUCUGCAGUGCCAACUUUAAACCUGUUCAAUACGUUUGGCUGAGCUUUACAGCCCUGAACUUUAUAUUUUCUAAAUCACUGGAAGGGUACACUAAUAACCUAUGUAUAUUUGUUUUCCUUUAUCUUUAUACCUCAAAUGUUUUACAUUAAAAAAAAAAAUAAAUCUUUGUUUUUCUGUGUAAUCCAAGCGUUUCCAUAUUAGAAUGUCGUAAAUGAAGCGCACACACAAGACUUGAACCCAAAAAGUGGUAUCUUUAUUUUCUGUUCAUCUCUAUUAAAUCUCUUUGCAAACUU